UGCAAGUCUCCCUCCUCACACCACAGUCCACAGGUUGCGGCACCAGACUAGCUACGACGACGCCAGAGCAAACCUGUGAAAUCGCCGCGCGCGCGCACGCUCUCCCGCCAGGCCGCCGCCACCGCCACAACCUUUCCAUGCGCGCGCGCGCACCUGCGCCUGCACACGCCGCUCGAGUCCUGCGUCGAUCUCCUCGCCGCCGUCCCUAGCGAUGGCUUCGUCCCCAAUAGCGCGGCGGCUCUAUUACCUUCUCCUGCUGGUACUCCUCCUGCUCCCCGCCACGCUCUCCUCUCCGUCCGCCCGCGCUUCCUCGGAGCGCCUGCGCCGCCGCGUGGAGGACAAGCCGGCGUUGCCACCCGCCGUGGUCGUCCCAGAGCGCGCGCGGCAGGAGUUCCACGUGGUGCCAACGACCGGCGGACCGGUCAGGGAGCGGAGGAGCAGGGCGCGCGGCGGGGGCACCGGCGCGUGGACGUUCUCGGCGAUGCUGCCCCGGGGGUUCGUGCCGCCGUCGGGCUCGUCCGCGUGCCACAACGACAUGCCGGACACCGCCGCCGACGCCCAGUUCUUCGCCUGCAGCGGCGCUGGGACGCCGUGACGACAGAGGCCGCCGUGGCGCUGGCUCGCAUCUCUCUGCCAAUGCUACCCCCUGCCCUGAGGGGCUCCUUGCAAGUGUAAAUGCGGUGAGGCUUACUCUGUUCUUGUCUACACUUUUACCCCUGAAGCCUAUAAGAAGGUUGACUUCACGAUGAGUAAUUGCGUAUAUCCUUGUUAUUGGACAUGUAAAGGAGAAUCCUUUAUUCAAAUGCUUCUUAGUUCCUCAACAUAUAUGUGCUCUCUUCAUUGGCCGCAGUUCUUAUCAUGAGUUGAAGUUGAGUUCUGCCUUUUCUGUUACAUAA